CCCAACGUCGGCUUUGUAAACAACAACUCUUCUUUUACCAAGCAAAAGCGAUCAUUGAAAGCAAAGGUCGAAAGCAGCUGUAUAAACUACUUAGGUAGCCACCACGUAGCCAAUAUGUCGAACUCUAUAUGCCCACCUACAGGUAGAUCAAUAUCAUAUCGUCAAUUCUGGCAUUCUCGCUUUAAUAGCAAUAAUCACAACGCCCCGUGGUGAUACCCGUGAUAAAUCUGGCGAUAAAUCUGGCGAUUCUCUGGCGUUUCAUCUAUCGCUUCAACUCAAACUUACCACCUAGGUCAACCACCUAAGUUAGGUAGCAUUUGGCAUAAUGAAGGGUUGGAAUCCGUUCAAAGCGACCCCAGGCGCAGUUCCGGAUACAAAUAACUACGAUCCAUAUUCGAAGCCUUUCCCGCCCAUUAUUCGCCCGCCAUACCCAACUGCCUAUGAAUUAACCCCAAAUCAUCCUCCUCCUCCUACUCGAUUUCCCCCCGAUGCUAUAUCUGAAAACCCUACCAAUCGACCUUUCUACCCAACUAUAGUUUCACCUGACUACCACCCUCGACCUCACUACUUCCACUGGGAUGUGCUUCCAGAUCAGGCCAUACAUCCUGACCCAACAAGACCUCUGUCGCCACUUGCAAGGAGGUCCGGCGUCUCAGAUUUCCCGCAUAAUGCCUUACAUCACCCCGACCGCCAAACUCAUUCUGGCCUUGCGACACUGUUUCCUAGCGUCCUAACCCCAGGUCUAGUAGAUCCGAUACCACGACCAGAUAACGAGGUAUUGCAUAGGAUAUUUCGGACGGAGAGGGAGCAGGCCAACGCACUAUUGAUUGGCAUCAAGGCCAUGAGAUUGCCCCCUCUAAACAGUAAACUCGUUGGUGGAUUUCCAUCCGACGAGGACCUUUCGAAGAGCCACUGGAACCAAUGGGAAUCCUUCAAGACGCGGCUGGUUGUCGUCGACGAGAGUCGGUGGCUUUCAUGCUUUCGAAAGGACAACUGGUGCGAUUCGAGAUUGAAUGUUUUAAAUUCUCUGAGCAAUCCUAUUCCUGGCGUUGAUAUGUGGCCCGACGAGACAUGGUACACUGUCGACAACCCCGUUAUCUGGGGAUUUGUUAGCCAAGCUCUAGAAAUAUCGUCUCGCAUUCUCCGGUUGAUGUGCGAAGAACAGGAUGCCUGGCUCGACGCAAUGUUUUGCACAGAACCGAUACCCAUUGGAUCUAUUGCAACUUACGACUUCCCAGCACAAGUCAGGGAUCGCAAAACGAAAUUAGUUCCUCGUCCAAAGGAACAAAGAGCAUCCCCUGAGGAGCUGUUCCAAGCAAUCGAAGAUCGCACAAAGAACAAUAUCAUACACACCUUCGCCGAUGAAACAACUCUCACUGUAGGGGCCCAUGCUGUCACACAUAAAAACCCGAUUUUUCCAAGAAGGUCACUUAUUACCUAUUAUGUCCCUUCUUGUCUACGUGCACUGCUUGAAAUGGAGACCACGGUCCCUGAGAGAUGCAUGAUGCUUAUAAAGUUCGUUAACUUGAUUCUACAUGAAUUCAUGCACGCGGCCAAUAAUAGUCUAGUUGAUGUAAAAGCUCCAUCUGUGGAUGAACCGUUCUUCGACGACGAGUGGAUCGCAGAGUUGGGCCAAUCCUUCGACAGACGCGUCUGGGGUGGAGCGUUACAGCCUGGGCCGGUACGGGCAUAUGUACGUAGACGACAUAGGGGCUUCGGAGUCAACCUCAUGCUUGUUACUUUCCCCUCCCUUCAGUAUGCUGGAAACCCGAAUACUGUCGAUAACAAAAUGGCCGACAAGUUCAGGAGAGGCACAAGCCUCAGCUAUCUUUUCGCAACACCGCCCGUAUGGGCCUCAGCUGUCCUAUGUGAGGAAUUCUGGACCACGAUCAUACCUCGACGCGGUAGUAUCGCGCUUCGGCCUCCUCUACUAUUUGGCUCGGCUGUUUUCAAGGGCUACAAGCUUGAGUGCCGUUUAAUUGGGAAUCCUCAAUUCAUGACUCCUGAGCUGAGAGCAGAUUACGAGGCAGUCCGGACACGGUGGGCACACGCGAGCGCACAAAUGAUGUGUGCAAGAGCCCCGUGGUAUAAGGAUGCACAUGAGCAUUGGCGGUUGUUACCUUGGAGCAAUACGGGUCUCAUUACCGCAAUCGAUAAAUUUAUCUACUUCCACGCAAAUCGGAAUUUGGCCGAUUGUCGAGAAGUGUCAGGAAAACUUGUUCUUAUGGCGGCGCCGACGGUACAGACACAGACUGGGAACAAGCCAACCAAGGAGGCAGCGCUCUCCUUUCUAAUAGGAUUCCUUAUGGUAAUAUCUCUUCCCAUUAAUCCUGGCGAUCUCGUGAAGCCUAAUGUACCAAGGGCGGCAUGGUACUACCCAAGCAAUGAAGCAGCGCCUGCGCUUAUCGCUGAGGGGGUCGAAAAUCGUAUCGGACCUCAUGACGUCAACCAGGGCAAACCCCCAACAAUUGUGAGACGACAUAAGUGGGCAUCAAGUUACCAAGAUCUAUUGAAGGCUUUUAUUGGUAUUUACGAGUUCGUUGAGCACAGUAUAGGCGCGCCGCUCGAGUGGCUGACAAGGAUUGUUGGUUGUUUUGGUCAACUGCACGUGGAACGCACUUCGAACCCGAAUCCUGAAAGCUGGGGAUCCUUCACCUUUAGGACACCACCGUACGAGCCAGGUUGGGUCACAGCACCGGCCUAUCGGCAAUCAUUCCUCAUACCUCUAGAGAAUCGAUAUAGAGCUGUUGUUCCAUGGACCGAAGCAAAACUACCUGCACCAACCCCGACCCACCCAGAUAGUCCAUACAUGUUGCCGAAAAAUUUCCCGGACGUGUAUCGGCGUAGGCGUCCCAUUGGAUACGCAGCCCAAGUUUCGCCUUUGAAGAGGAACUACCCCAAGCACUUGUAUAUUGGCGAUGUGGCGAACCAUAGGGCUCUCAAUGACGCAUGGGUUGUUGAAAUGGAUGGUGCCGAUGGGUUUAACGUUUUCGAUAUAACAAGCGAAUUGAGAAACGUACGUGCCACGGAAAGUGACUAUAGCGCUAUGGUAGUUACCGGCCCUCAAGGCCCAAUGUUGACCCAAGAUUUAAGGGCCAAUGUAGUUCGUGUAAAGCUCAACACCAGCAUCGAACCAAUUGGCAAAUUGAUUCUACCAAGGCGCAUAGAAGAGCUUGCGGAGUGUAAUGGUCAGAACGGGCGCCCUGCUUGGACUAGCUGGGGUUCGCUCAUCUUCGACGUAACAAACUUCCCUGCCCGAUCAUCUGAAGAAAGAGAGGCUUUAUCUGAAAGCUAUGGUGGCUCAUUGUCCCAAAAUCUGAUAAGAACUGAAGAUGAAACAAAGCAUCUGCUGGAACGCCUUAAUCCCUAUUCUUGUGCGUUUCUUCACAUACCACGGCCAACACGGCACAUGAGAUACUUUACGCAAAACACGCUACGAUGGUAUGACAAUCCCUCCUACGGGAUAUAUAUGGCACUGGGAGGUGGAGUCUACGAUAUUUCUGAAUAUCUACAUUUUCAUCCCGGCGGUUCCAGGUUGUUCAUCCACUGCACAGGGCGAGACGCUACUCACCAGUUCACUCAGUAUCACAAUCCCGAAAUAUUGAAUUCCUACGGUUUUAUGCAAGUUGGUUAUCUUGUUCCGGAAUAUACUUGGGAAGAGUUGCAAGAAAAUCAUGUUGUAGUUCAUGAUUGGGUGUUCGACAUAAGCUCGCUUCAACAAGAGGAUCCUAGUCUCUUUGUCUUCCUCCAAAAAUACACCCGGCAGGACACAGCGGCUGCGGUGGCUGGACAUGACGACGAUGCGACGGCUUUAAUUAAGUUAUUCCUCGAAAAGGAAUCUUUAAUUGUCGGCAGUUUAGCGAGGAAUAACUUGCUAGACAUACCCGUAGGAGAGUUCCUUCGAUAUAACGAUUAUGAAAGCCUACAGGGUGCGUGGGUUGCCGUCGAUGGUUAUAUCUACAAUGUUGGAAGUGCGUUUACCCUGUUUAAACUCUUCCUUACGAAGAGUUCCAUUCUUGAACAUGCGUAUAGGUAUUAAUAUGUUAUCAGGUCUCAUGAAGCACCCCCAGUAUUACGAAUAUCAAAUAGGGUUCAACUGGGCUGCGAAAGAGUUGACAGAUCCGAUUUUAGCCCAGUGGCUAACAACGAAUUUCCAGGCUCGAUGCAUAGGUAGACUGGUUGAGGGACCUGCAUUGCCAGAACAAAAGCCAGAACCGGAUUGGGAAUUCGAAAACAUGGCUUUCUCUUGGGACAACGGAGAUGUGAUUGAAUAUGUGGGUGCCGAAAAUGACACCGGUGUAGAUGUAGAGUAAAUGUGUUUCCGUAUACGGGGGUAUAAUGAUAGGAGGCACCUACUUACCUACAUUUAGGUGUCUAACAUCCCAGCCUUGUUCUCUUUCACAUGACAACUAGGAAUUUUGUAUCAUUAGUCAUUAGGAGGUAUCUAUUUAGACAAAUUGAGUUGUUGUUUCUGGCUGAACGGAUUUUUCUUUUCUUCUUUUCUCUCUUUUUUUUACUAAAAAAAAAAAGAAAGAAAGAAA